UUCAUGUCAAACCAGUUCCAUUUUAGCGUUCGAACGGCGCGCACGCGUUUCAAAUUUGGUAUUGACGGCAUUUAAAAAAAAAUCGAAUUUCGAAUUCUAUUCGUGUUGUAUGCCAGUGUGUUUUGUUUGGAGGUGAUUUUCUGUGUUCGAUUUAUAAAUUCGUAACGGUUUUUCAGUUUUGAAUAGUAAAACGUAAAUAGGUUGUGUUUCGUCAUUGGUGGGGAUAUUAUUUUUAGCAUUUAGCUUGUUAAAGCUGUUGGUGUGAUGUGAGACGGAUCUUAAUUUAGCGGUGCACAUGAGUGUAAACGCAGUGACCGUCAGCAGUAAUUGAAAUAAAAUGAAAAAGAAGAGAAAACCAAUAUCGGAGUGAAACACAUCAACCAAAAAAUAAUUUAAAAAGCAUUUAUUUAACAUAAAAAACUGCAUGGUGUGAACGGACUUUAACCAGACAGAGACUGGGAGUGAAUUAAAAAAUAAAAUUAAAAAAGAAUAACGUCAAAUACAACUCACUCGUAUUCAUAAACAAACUUCAAACCAUUUUCGAAAUCGGAACACAAAUAAGUAAUCGACGUUUAAAAGGUGAUCGCUUUUGUUUAAACAUUUUUGGGACUGCCGCCUUUUUGUGUUUAUUUACCGUUUAAAGUAUUUUCGAAAAACAGUGGAAGUGCAAACAUUUAAUUUUUAAACGUACUUGAUAUACCGAACUUUGAAAACGUUAUUAAAAAAACAAAAGUGCGGGAAAGUGAGUGACAGCUUUUACAGAUUGUGGGAAAACAACUAUUUUUGUUAAUUUUUCUCCGAAAUUGGUGUGAAAUUGCAUCAAAGUGGCUGGAGACGAGCAUUUGGACAUGUUGGGGGGCCCCGAAUGGGGUCAGCGGGAGUCGAGCCCCCCAAGAGAUGCUCCCCUGCCGAGUUUCGGCUUCACACAGGAGCAAGUCGCGUGCGUUUGCGAGGUGUUACAGCAAGCAGGUAACAUCGAGCGACUAGGUCGGUUCCUCUGGUCGCUACCAGCGUGUGAACGACUCCAUGCUCAUGAGUCAGUUCUUAAAGCAAAGGCGAUGGUGGCCUUCCAUAGAGGAAACUUUAAGGAGCUGUAUAGACUGCUGGAGUCACACACCUUUAGUCCUCACAAUCAUCCCAAGUUGCAGAGCUUGUGGCUUAAAGCACACUACAUGGAGGCGGAGAGGUUACGGGGCAGGCCGCUGGGUGCCGUCGGCAAGUACCGCGUGCGACGCAAGUUCCCGCUGCCCAGGACUAUCUGGGAUGGAGAGGAAACCUCUUAUUGUUUUAAAGAAAAAUCCCGGUCAGUUCUUCGUGACUGGUACCUACACAACCCUUACCCCUCGCCGAGAGAGAAGAGAGAGCUAGCAGAGACCACGGGCCUCACCACUGUACAAGUUUCGAAUUGGUUCAAGAACAGACGACAGCGAGACAGGCAAGCAGAACACAAAGACAGCGGAGGUACAGGCGACAAGCAACUGGAUUCUUCAACUGACGACGACAGCGAUGCGCCGGCACAUGGGCCAGCGCCUCACGCCCUGCCUGCGCAUGCGCCGCAGCCUCUCUACCCACUCUACGAGCAUCCUUUAGCACACCUUCAAUACCACCAUACGUGACCCUUCGAUUACCAGUAACGCCAUGAGUUGUAAAGAUCAAGCUGAAAAGAUCAGCCGUGGAAGCCUCGAUUAUCAUAACGACAGAAAUUAGUCGUUAAGUCAUAAACAAUAAUUAUCGAAUAAAUCACAAACAUUUGGCAUAAAAAUGCAAUGAAGCUUGAUCUCUGUACUCAUGUCCUAAAGUUGUAAAUAUCCUGGCAAUAAAGGCGCCAAUAAAUUCGUCUCAAAAAAACAAUUCUCUUUUUGAGAAAAUACAAGCAAAUAUUGUUUAAUUUAUAUCAAGUAGGCAGCUCUUCGUAGGUCAAUGUAAAUAAGUACUACAUAAUUGUAUCUUUUGAAAACUUUAGGCCGAUUCAAACUUGCCCUUUACAACUUUAACACCUUCAAAUAGUUAACUAUUAAUAGUAUUUAUAGGCUCACAUAAUUUUCUUAUAUUGUUUAUUAUACCAAUCGAAAAUAUUUUAAAAUGUUUCCAUAUUGUGUGUAUGAAUUAAAAAGCAGUUUCUUUACAUUACACUUAUUAGAAAAUUGACAGCCUAAAUAUUAAUUCUGAACCAUUCAAUUUUCUAGAGCGGUAGUCUCGACAUUGAUGAUAACCGGAUCACCAGUGUCGAUAAUACUUAUUGUAUUGAUUAAUUACUGUGAGACCUUUUAAAAUAUUUCUUUUGAUAUAAUAAUACUUAUUCAAAUACUUUACCGAAAGCAGUAGCUUCAGUAUUUAUGAACCACAUAAUAUAAGUUGUAUACGACCACAGAAUGUUAAUUAUUUUGUAUUUACUUUGUAUAUUCUAGUUUAUAACGAAUAUUUAAGUACCUAUAUCUAAGUUUUAUUUUAAUCAUAUUUUUGCACACUUGAACAGUUCAACCGUAAGUUUACACAAAAUAUGAACAUAUUACUGAAACAACAGACUACGGCCCAUAUCAUCUCCGCCAAUUAUGUUACACCAUUUAAAAUAACGACCAAUCAACAUGCGUUGCGUUGCGUAGUUCCACAUCAGUAGUAAGUUUUUUCAAUUUCACUAAAGCAUAUUAAUCUACCUAAUUACCUGUAUAUUACAAUAAAUAACAAAUUAUAAUAUUUAUAAAACCAAUUAUUUAUUUAUAAGCCUCAUUUAGUCAUUAACACUACUGACAUAGCUUCCCAAAAGUAAAUCAUAGACGUAAAGAUAACAAAAAAAAACAUGACAGAGAAACAAAACUGGUCUCCAUAACAUAAAAACAGACCACUUAAAAAUCACUUGUCCAAGCCUAAUUAGAAUAAUUUUCUACAUCGUUAAUUAUAACAAACUAUAAUAUUAGUAUGUGGGCGACACGAUGAUCAGAACAAAUUCAUAAUUAUGUAAAACAUGCUUGUUAGGCCAAUAAUUAUGAAUCGUAUAUGGAAUAGGACAUAAUAAGCACUUUAUUAACAUAAAAAUUAUGAUUGCUUGCGAUUUUAUCUCAUUCUAAUACACUGUAUAGAUUUUUAUCAACAAAUAUAUUUGACUAUUCGAACUUUUGAUGAGUUUUAAAUCACUUGUGACCUCAAGAUCUUAUCUUUUGAGACAACUUAAUCGCAAGCUUCUGGUAAGUUUUUACAAAUUAAUAAAGGUUAAUGAAAACAGAUUUUUAAGAUUACAAUCUAAUUACUUGUACAUACAUAAUUAUGUUUAUUGGAACUAGAAAAGUAGUAGCACGGAGUCUGGAAUUGUGCCCGGUAUA